CUAGUAGCUCCUGAAGAACAAUGGCUACUCCAAAGCUCAAAAUUUUGAUAGUUAUGCUACUUGCGACCCUAUCAUUCCAAGCAUCAGGACAAUUUAUGGAAUGGUGCAUAGCUGAUGAACAGACCCCAGAUGAUGUGCUGCUGAGGGCAAUGGAUUGGGCUUGCCAUGUGGGAGGAGUAGAUUGCAGCAAGAUACAAGUGAACCAGCCCUGUUUCCUUCCAAAUACAGUGAAGGAUCAUGCCUCCUAUGUCUUCAACGAUUACUAUCAGAAGUACAAACACAAAGGAGGAUCUUGCUAUUUCAACUCUGCUGCAAUAACCAGUGAUCUUGACCCAAGCCAUGAUUCUUGCAAGUUUGAGUUUAUCCCUUGAAUGAAGUUUGGAGUAAUAUAUAUUCGCAAAGUGAAGACAAUAAUGAAGUCCAUGAAAUGUUCUGUCUGUGUAUCUUAUAUUGUUGUAAAAUGACAUUGAAAUUUUAAUUUUCUGCAAU